UCAAAGCUGCAUUUACUUGUUAAAAAUACAGAAAAUUGUGAAAUAUUAUUAGUUUCAAAUAAUUGUUUUCUAUUUUAAUAUAUUUUAAAAUUGAAUUUAUUCCUGUGAUGCAAAGCUGAAUUUCUGAUCAUUACUUUCUGCAUGCUUUCUGCAUCAUUACUCCAGUCUUCAGUAUCACAUGAUCCUUCAGAAAUCAUUCUAAUGUGCUGAUUUAUUACUUAUAUUAUCAAGGCUGGAAACAGUUGUGCUGUGGAACAACUGUGAUUUUCAGAAUUCUUAAAAAAAAAAAAAAAAAAAAAAAAAAAAAAAGGGUAAAAAGAACAGCAUUUAUUCUAAAUAUAAGUCUUUUUUAACAAUGUAAGUGAUUGCUAUAAUUUGUUUGAUCAAUUUAACAUCCUUGGUGAAUAAAAAUAUUAAUUUCUUUAAAAAAAAAAAAAGAAUUUUAAAUGAAUACUGUUUUUUUUUUUUUUUCAUCAAAAUAUCCUGGAAAAAAAGUAUGACAGGUUCCAACAAAAUAUUAAGCAGCACAACUGUUUUCAACAUUGAUAAUAAAUCAGUAUAUUAGAAUGAUUUCUGAAGGAUCAUGUGACACUGAAAAGUAGAGUAAUUAUGCUGAAAAUUUAGCUUGCAUCACAGGAAUAAAUUAUAAAUUGUUAUUUUACAUUGAAAUAAUAUUUCACAAUAUUUUUUUCUGGAUUUUUGAUCAAAUAAAUGCAGCCUUGAUUAGCAUAAGAAACAUCUUUUAAAAACAUAAAAAAUCUUGCUGAUCCCAAACUUGUGAACAGCAGUCUACUUUACUAUUAAAUGAAGUGUACUACAUUAAAUACAGGAAGUAAUCAACCUUAAUAACUUUAUAAAUAUUAACUAUAAUGGCUAUUUUUAUUUUCAUCUAUCUAGUCCCAAUGAGAAGAACUUUUUUAAGAAAUGCAUCAGAUGUGUGUAAUUCUUUACAUAUUGUCUAAAGGGUGAUGUCAUAAACCAAGUCAUGGUGAUUCAGUAGAUUAACCAAGACCUCAAGACCUCAAUGAGAGUAUUUGAGUCAGCAGUUAUACAAUCUAACUUAUGUACAGCACAAUUUAUCUGUAUGCGUUGACCCUUGCCCUUGUUCUUUAAACUUGUCUGAUGACACACACUUAAGUUUAUGACUUACUGUAACACUUCCUCUAAAGGAAACUGAAGAAACUUUAAAAUCAUGUAACACUUAUUUCUCAGUACUAAUUAAAGGUGUAGUUUACAUACACACACACACACACACACACAAAGAAAAUACUGUUAUUUAGGCUACCCACCUUCAUGUCAUUGCAAAUUCUGCAGAACACAAAAGAAGAUAUUUUGAAAAAUGUUGUUUUAUUGUAUCGCAAAAAACAUUCUUCAAAAUAACCCGUGUUCCAAAGAUUCCGUAGUUUCACAAGAGAGAAUAAAAUGAUGACAGAAUUAAAAUUUUUGGAGGAAAAUCUGGCAAGCAGUUGGAAUUAAGGGUCAGGUUGAAAAAAAAAAAAAAACUAAAGACAGAAGCUGGAGGUUAUAUCUACUGACUAAAUUUAACAGUUCACUAAAUGGGUGGUUAAACAAAGCUCUGUGUUUAUAAGAGCUGCGUCACUGCUGUCAGGUCAAAGACCAGUUGACUUGUCUCUCCGGGUGUUGAACCACGCUUCCGCAUGAAGCACUGUGCUCCACUCCAGAUCCUUUGAAUAAUGUUUUGAGAAUCCCAGCAGAAUGAUACUGUGGAUUAAUGAGCUCAUAGACACUAAAUUUUAAUCAUCUUGAAGUAGACGAAGAAUGCAGCAAAUCGUUUGAAUGCAUCUGCAAUCACUGAAGUCACUACAGGCAAGUAAAACUGCCAAUGUUGCUUUGGAUCUGUCUUAUCUGUAAAGGAAUUAUAGAGGAAAUCUGUGGAAUGGAAAUAAAUGAUUUCAGGCAACAUCUUGCUUCCUGUAAAGAGAACUAAACCAGUAGCAGUAUUUGUGCACUUUGAGUCCUGCAAUCAUUAACUAUUGAUGCAUUCCAGAGUGUUUUAUCAAGACUACUGUACAGUGCAAUCACCUCUGGACGUCAGGCACAACUACAAGAUGGAUAAGGACGUACGCUGUAUAACAAGAAUAUUUGAAGAGAUGCAUAAAAAUAGUACUUGCAUUUAGGAACCAGUUACAUUCAAAUCAAGUUUGAGGUUAAUUCUUGGAUGCUCCAAUAUGGAUAAUGGGACAAACGGUUCCAGUAAUGGACCAGGUGAUGUUCAGCGAGUGCUGGUACCCAUAUUUGACAGCUUCAUCCUGGUAACCGGGGUGGUGGGACAUAUCCUGGUUCUUAUCGUCAUUUGUCGAACAAUGCGCAAAGGACAUGGACAGCCCAGCGGAGGACGGACAGGAGGACUCCAACAAACAAAUGCAAAUGGCACAGAUGUUCUUCUUCUGUCAUUAAGUGUGGCAGACCUUCUCCUCCUUUCCUGUCUUCCAUAUCACACAGUUGCAAUUGCAACCCAUCACUGGCCGUUUGGAGAAUUUAUGUGCAAGUCUGUGAGCUUCCUAAGUGCGAUGUGUACGGCAGCAAGCGCCUUUACGCUGGCCGCUUUGGCUUUUGCACGGUUCAUCAUCGUGGUCCAUCAAUCAAAAGCAUAUAAAUGGCGUAGAGAGGGGCGUUUAAAAAUAGUUGCGGGCAUACUGUGGAUACCGGCGGUGGUCUUGGCGUCACCUCAGUUUGCUUGGAAGACGCUGACUUCAGGCCGUGAAACGCGUGAGGACCUGGCAUGUUUCAAUUUCCUCUCUGACAAAGGCCAGUUGGCAUAUGGAUUGUGCCACUUCCUAUUCGCUUUUGCAUUUCCACUUGGGAUCAUCGUAAUAGCCUAUGCCAAGAUAUACCAUUACCUCAAAAUCACUAGAAGGGGACGCACAACUCAGAUUGACCAUUUGGAGCACUACCAUGCGCAUGUGACUAAGACUUCUGCUGUGUUAGUGCUGGCAUUUGCAUUGUGUUGGUUGCCGUCCUAUGGGUUGAUGUUUGCCCAGAUCGCUAAGGUUAAUGAAGCAUCUGGUCCUAUACCUCUCGGACCUUUCGCUACCUUUGCGCGCAUCAUGGCAACCUCUUCUACAGUGGCCAACCCCAUUCUCUAUGUUUUUAUGUCAGAGAAAUUCAGAAAGGAACUAAUGGAUCUGGGUCGAGGAGUUUGUGGAAAAGACCCUCGGAGUUAAUUAGAAUGAUUUGGUCCAUAAAGCAAGUUGUUUACAUAUUUAAAUGACUUUAUAUAAUCUAUUAACAAUAAUGUAUUUUUUUUUAAAUAUAUAUAUAUAUAUAUAUAAAAGAAAUAUGUAUAACAUUCUCAUAAAUUAUGUAACCAUGACCAAUAUUUUGGACACUAAGGAACUUUGUACAGGUAUUUCAAUGUAACAGUUUUUACACAGCCUCAUAAAAUGUCAAGAGGAGUCAAACAACUUGUGUUGUACAUUGUUUUAAUAUUUUGUGUUUGGUUAAACUGCAGACUUGUCAAGGGUUUGUUCAUCACAUGACAAUGUAGUUUAAUUUUGAGUACAUGCAGGUUUGAAGUAUUGAAGCAUUUACAGUUGAAGUCAAAAGUUUACAUACACCUUGCAGAAUCUGUAAAAUGGUAAUUUACCAAAAUAAGAGGGAUCAUACAAAAUGCAUGUUGUUUUUUAUUUAGAUUUGACCCAAAUAAGAUAUUUCAUAUAAAAUACAGUUUACAA